AUGUUCGAUUGUUGCUCUGGCGCUAACGUUUUUGAUGACGAACAAACGUUCCUCAACCAUAAACACAUUUUGGCUGAAAAUGGCGUGAACACUGACGAGUUAAAAGGACUCGACGCCACACACUACCAGAUCUUGGAGCCAAUCACCCAGACGCGAGUCAUUGAGGUGGAGAAGGAGUACAUAGAGGAGAAAAUAGUGGAGGUCCCUGAGGUCCAGGUCGUCGACAAGUACGUCGAUGUCGAGGUCCCAGUCGUCAAGUACAAACCGGUCUACAAGAAGAAGGAGGUGGUCGUCGAGAGGGUGAAACACGUCCCCAAGAUCACCUACGAGGACAAGAUCGUGGAGGUCCCCCAGGUCCAGUACGUCGAGAAGGAGGUCGAGGUGCCAAAGUACGUCACCAAGGAGAGAAUCGUCAAGGAGCCUAAGGUCAUGGUCGUCGAGCACGUCAUCCCAGUACUCAAGGUCAAAAAGGCCGACCACGUGACCGAGAUCGAGGGCGACGCCAACUUCGAUGACAAUGACGAGGGCGACUAUUAG